AUGUCGUCGAGGUCGAGCCCCUUGGCUUUGAACAUUGCCUCCAGCACCGUGACGUUGGCGAAGGGAGGGGGCAGGUCGCGGAGGGUCUCGUUGGCGAAAGACACACGCCCAUCGUACCGGCCAGCCGGCAUUUUGAUGUCUACCACGCCGUUGCUUAGGAAGAAGCUGGCGUCGCGCCCAGCGAAAGCGACGAUGUCAGCGCACGAGACAACCCCACGGCACUCCUUCUCAAGCUUCGCCUUUGCGGCGUCGAUCACCUCGAAGCCGCGGAGGCUGGGGAAGUUUGGAAUGCCAAGCUUCUCCGGCUCCGGGCUGGCCGUCGUCGCGUCUAGGAGAACCGAGGCAUCGCAACCCUAG